AUUUUGUUGUGAAACUGUCGCUUAUUUCAAACAGUCUUUGUUUAUAAACAUAUUUGUUCGGUUGGAAAUGCUAACAAUUAAAUUGACUCCAUAAAAAUCUUGAAUAAUAAAUAAAAAGACAUCAUGGACGAAACGUUUUCAAUGAACUUGAAAGAGGUAAAACAAGAUAUCAUACUGGGAAUAAUCGAGUGCAACAAACGUGGCCUGGUACAGAAUGCAAAAUGGCUUUCGGAAUUGAAUCACGGUUUGAAGGAUAUCAACGUUAAGGUGGACGGUAGAUUCGACAAUCUCAAUAGUGGCAUUGCUGAGGAGGAGUACGAUGAUUACGUACUGUCCAAAAGUUAUUUCGAUAUGCGGGAAUACGACCGAUCGGCGUAUUUCACACGGGACUGCACCUCGCCGGUACCGAAGUUUUUACAUAUGUAUGCAACCUAUAUGUCGAAAGAAAAGAAACGGCUCGAUAACAUGAGCGAUAACUCGAUUGUUAACUCGACCAGUCAUGUUAAAGAUUUCUCCGAUUUGCUAACCUCCAUGAAAGCAGACCACGGGCAGCAGAAAUUAGAUGGAUAUUGUUUGUAUCUGUAUGGAGUCAUCCUGAAGAAACUUGAUUUGAACGAAACAGCUGUAAAGAUUUUCGUUGCCGCAAUUAACGCCGAGCCCACUUUGUGGGGAUCGUGGCUCGAACUGGGCACUAUGGUGACGGAUAAAAAUAUGUUACAGAGUCUUGAUUUGCCGAAUCACUGGAUGAAGCAAAUCUUCAUCGGUUACACGUACAUUGAACUGUUCCUGAACGAUGAGGGGAUCAAAAUAUUCGAGGGACUACAAGCAGCUGGUCUGGGGAAAUGUAUUUUUGUGCCCACACAGCUGGCAGUCGCAUUUUCCAAUAAGCGCGACGUUGACAAAGCCAUCGAAGUGUUUCAACAUUUACACGAAGCUGAUCCCUACCGGUUGGACAAUUUGGACGCCUAUUCCAAUCUACUCUUUGUGAGAGACAUGAAGACAGAAAUGGCUCAUUUAGCACACAAAGCUGUGGACAUAAAUAAGUACAGUCCGGAAACGUGUUGCGUUGUGGGCAAUUACUACAGUAUUCGAGCGGAUCAUCACAAGGCAGUGAUUUACUUUCAACGGGCUCUGAAAUUGAAUCCAAGGUAUCUCUCCGCAUGGACCUUGAUGGGCCAUGAGUUUAUGGAGAUGAAGAACACGAACGCAGCCAUCCAAAGCUAUCGUCAGGCCGUUGAAGUGAACCGCCGGGACUUCCGCGCCUGGUAUGGUCUAGGACAGGCGUAUGAAAUUCUGAAAAUGCCAUUCUACAGUUUGCACUAUUAUAAAGCUGCUCAACAACUUCGCCCAUAUGACAGUCGAAUGCUCGUCGCAUUGGGAGAAACGUACGAAAAACUCGACAAGACGGCCAGUGCUCUUAAAUGUUACCUCAAGGCGUACAAUGUUGGCGAUAUCGAGGGUGUCGCGCUGUACAAUCUAGCACGAUUGUACGAGAAACAGGACGAAAUUGAAAAAGCCAUUCCAGCGUUGCUGAGGUACUGCUCGGAUGAGAAAGCAGUUGCGGACAAGAGCUCCCUCUGCUACGCCUAUAUGACCUUGGGUAAUUUCUACGAGAAGAACGAACAGUACGACAAGGCAUCUCACUUUGCGUAUAAAUGUCUGGAUCAUGAGGAAAGCAAACGGGAGGCGGAAGCAUUGCUUAAGACCAUAGCAAAUAAGCGAGCGCAACAAGCAGCCGCUAAAGCUGCUGGUGGUGAUGCCGUUGGUACCGCUUCAACUGGGGCUGAGCCUGGCAAGGACAGAGCAACCGACAUGGACCUGGAGGAAACAGAUAUGGACGAGAGUAGCAUAGGACGAAUAGUUGAUAUGGUGAUGAUGGCGCAGGGCGAAAUACCGGUGGAGAACGAGGAACCGGAAUUCCAUCUGGAACAAGCCGCCGAACUCGAGAAUUCAUCCCUUUCCAUCAUUAUAGAGGAUGGAUCGGAAGCAAAUGAAUGAAGAGGGGCGGGUGAUAAUUGGUUAAACUAUUAUCGUAUUCAAUGAAGCAUAAGUUGAUGUACGAUCGAAAAGUUACUGAAACACAAUGAAAAUUUGAAUAAAUGCUUUUCUUGUUGAUAAUGUUGAUAA